AUGGCUGCCCCGAAAGAAGCAACGGAGGCACAGAUUGCCCACCAAGCGCUCCUAGACGAGCUCGACAUCCACUCCAUCCACAAGAGCUUCCGUAACCCGUCCUGGCGCCCCAACCAGCGCCGUAACAAGAACAUCAAGACCAUCCUCGGCGAUGCUUCGCGUCGCGAGGCCUCAGCCAUGGCGACCCCCCAGCAAGAGGAAGCCAGCGCCGCGGCCACGCCUGCCGCAGACAAGCAAGGAGGCGGCGAAGACGGCCUCUCGACGAGCGGUACCUCGACGCCCGCGAAUCCAACCGGCAACGGCCACGACAACCCCAAUCUCGCCCAAGCCUCACGCAGCCUCUCGAAGCUGGUCCUCGAGAAGAGUCUGCGGCCCAACGGUGGCGGCAGUGGUGCCCCAGGACCGAACGUGACGUACACCAACAUCGAGUCGGCGCCGUCGCUGGCGCACACGAAGCGGUACUGCGACAUCACGGGCCUACCAGCGCCGUACGUCGAUCCUAAGACGCGGCUGCGUUAUCACGACAAGGAGGUGUUCGGGCUGAUCCGGUCCCUGCCGCAGGGCGCGGCCGAGCAGUACCUCGAGGCGCGCGGGGCGCAUACCGUCCUCAAAUAG